AUGGAGAACAACGAGCUUGUUGCCCCAGCUAACUCCCGUAUCGGCGACAGGUCUGCAAGUGAAAUUUCGGGGCUUAGAACGUCACCUCCGCCACCGAAAUCUUCUCCUGUUUCGAGUGUCAGUCGCCUGAGUUUGACAUCAAAGGUCAAGCAAGAUGUCGAAGACGACUGCAAGACUGUUCAGUUUGAGGAGAUACGACGCGAGAAAAACCUUUGCAGUUCUAUCGGAGAAGAGAAGGAAGUAGCAGACGUUUUGAAAAGUCGUUUGUAUGACAGCGCUGGGACGUCGGAUGUUUAUCGCAGUCUUCGGACUCAGGUGAAAUAAAGAGUGUUUUAUUAAUUAUUAUAAAUGUUUUGGAAAUUUGAACGUUUUUAUAAUAAAGUUAAUUAUUAAUAAUAAUAAAUUAGUAAUAAUGUUAAUAACACUACUAGUAAUAAUAAUGACAACAUUGAUAAAAGGAGUGUUCAAAUUCAAUAAUUUGUUGAGAGAUUAAAAUAUCAGAAUAUCCCAAAUGAGAAUCAAGCCAACAGAAGCCUGAGCAGGUUUUUAGCCAGAAGGGCGUCCUGGGACGCCCCUAGAACGAAAAAUGGAUGCCUUUGGAUGCCCAAAUUCCAGGGGAAAAGCAAUCUCGUACCCAGAGCCAUCGUUGAUGGCUCUGGGUACAAGAUUGGGGGAAAAGGGAAAUUAUUUUCAAUGACUGACCGUCGUAUUAACACUGCAGAAGAUUAUGUUAUCAUGUACCCACUUUUUUUCAGGCAACCGGGUUUUACUACAUCCUGGACGUCCUUUGUCAAUGCCUAUAGUUAAAGUUUUGUAUAAUAAACUGAUCCCAAACCCUUCCCUAACCCUAACUAGUAAAUGUCUAAUAAACAAUUCGAGAAUUAAAAAAAAUCGGAAAAAAGUUUUUAAAAAAUUUAAGAAAAAUUACUAAGUCAGACAAAAACAAUAGGCUAAACCAGACCUUCUUUCAAAACUAAACCAACCUGGACCUUGUUUCACUUUGCACACACACGAACGCACGCACGUAGUGCCUUUACAAAUGCAGGGACGUCGCGAAGUCAUCAACAUUGGGGGGGUGUCGUCAUGUUUUGACCAUCAUUUCCUAGGAUUUUGACCAAGUCGUACAAAUUUUCCCCAAAAAUGUUGUCGAUUGGGGAAGGAGCUAGAGGUCAAAGAAAAUUUCCGGACUGAAAUUAGUCUCCCUCGCAGACAGACUGAAAUAGGCAUGGUCGAAAAAAAUUUUCCGGACUAACAUAAGCAUAUUCAAAAUUUUUCAACCAAGAUAAAAAAGGUUCAAUUUUUUGAGAACCAUUUCAUAACUUUGAGCAACUUUGACCAUCUUUUAUCCCAAACUUUGACCAAAUUUUUCUGAGUUUUACCUUCAAUUUUAAGCAAAUAUCAGUUCCAUUUUGACCAACUUUGGGCAAAUAUCAGUUCCAUUUUGACCAAUGUUUGAAUUAUUGGGGGUGUGUUACACCCCCCGCCACACCCCCCCUAUAGCGACGUCCCUGUACGAAUGUGCUACCGCCAGGCUCACUGAAAGUAGUAAAAUCUGGAUGUAGUAAAAUAUCUAGAAUUAAUGGCCAACAAAUGACAAAUCAUACAAAAAAGCAGUUCUGUAGGCCAAAAAAUUAGUGCCGACAAUUUCAUCAAAGAAUAAUUGGUAUUGCCACAUUUUCAGUCAUGAAUUUUAAACAGUCUGAAUGUCUUGCCAGAUAAAUUUCUUGGCAGCAAACAAAAACUAAACCGGCCAAAAUAAAUUUCAUUGCAAAACAAAACUAAAAUUGAAUAAAUUAGAAGAAAAAAUUUGUGUUUUGGCUAUCAAAAUUGAAAUUUGUAGGUCAAAACUUUUUUAAAACUGAAUUUUGUUGGCCAGAUAAAAUUCUUAAUUUGCACCUGGAUUUGAAUCCCAGGGCACACAAGGAAGAUUUGUUGUGGAAACAAAGCUAAUGUUUCUUCAUUUGCUCCGGCUAUAUUAGGUUAACUGAGCACACCAGUUGUUAUUCCUAUGCACUGCUGACAAUAUUGAGCAAGAAAAAUAAAGAAAUGAUCUCAGUAAUCAUAUUUAUUUCCAUGUAGCCAAGAAUAAAGCCUCAUCCACCCACAAGCUCGUCGCCCAAACAGCAGUCAGCAUUGUAUCGAGCAACAUUGUUGAGGAAGGAAAAACAGAAGAAUAAGAAGCUUGUGGCACAAGAUGCAAGCACUUAUUUAAAAAACAACGAUGCACAGGUGUGUAUGAAACACAAUUCUUGCAAAAUGACAAGGAUUAUUGAAAUUUUAAGGCUUCAAAUAACAGGCGCACCAUGACUGCCGAUUAAUACCAUGACUGCCGAUUUAUACCAUGACUGAGAACUUUGGGAACUUCAUUUCAAGCCAUGAAAUUACUAUAAUGUCUGUAACUAUACGAUUCAACUUGUCAAGGGAAGCGUGCUGCAUAUGUGUCUUGUCUGCCCUUUAAAAGCCAUUUUCCUUUAGGCAGAAUUUUCCGUGUGGAGCGGAAUUUCUUUUUGUCUUUUCUAAUUACCACCUCAAAAUCAGUAAGUAACUAAGUAAACAAAGUUUGAAGACGUUUACAUGAAUAUACCCUUCGAAUAAUAAGCUUUCGAAGGGUAUUCAUGUAAACGUCUUCAAACUUUGUAUACUUUGUAUACUAAUUUUGAGGUUGUGGUCUUUUUAGUGAUUUGGUUCAUUUGAUCAUUUCUUAAUUUGGGCACGUUUUAACACUUGUCCCCAGUCCACUCAUCAACUUCGGAAUGGCUAAUUUGUUCAUCAAGCAUCACUUUGCAUCACUUAAUCUAUUGAUUUAUAAUAAACAGAACUUUUGGAAUUAUCCUUUUAUUUUGUGGAAAGCACUAUGUAUAUUUACAAUCCUACAUCAGUUGUUACAGUGCGUCUACAGUAAGUGGGGCCACUUACAGAACACUAACCAAUCACAUUGAAGAACAGAAAUUGAAAAAAUCAACAAACGGCGCAUUAGCCAAUCAGCAUUAGGCCAAAAACAAUUUGAACAAAUAAACGAAUGUCAAACGGUAAAAAUAGACUUGUAAAAGUAAACACUGCAGUUAAUGGCUUCCUGAAUCUUUCUUUUGAUUGGACGAGCUUUAGUUUGAUUAGAUUUUUCUUUCUGUUCUGCAAUGCGAUUGGUUAGUGUUCUCUAAGUGGCCCCACUUACAGUAUAUAGAUGCACUGUAACACUGAUAUGGAUAUGUAACACUGAUGGGCUUAUGGAUUGAAAGCCUUGGCCUUGCAAUAAUAACUAUAUGUAUACUGUUUUACUGUUGCAGUAUUGUUUUUCCCCAUGUGCAAACAUUCAAUAAAUGUAGUUUUAGAAUUGCCAGAUGUAUGUUGUGAAGGGGGUUGACAAAAUGUGGACCCCCCCUUCUGGAUCCCUUUCUGGACCCUUUUCUGGACCUUUUAAAAACCAAAAGAAAACAUGUAAGUUAAGAAAACAUUACAUAGGCAGCUGUAAGCAGUCCGUCCCCAACCCGCAUUUGUUGAGAUGGCUUCAGCAGUGACCCAUAAUUCGGCCACAAGCCAAUAUUUGUUGACAUUUUUGCUGUAAAUGCAGCGGGGUAAAUUUGCCGAUUUAUAGCAACCCGACACUACAUUGACAAUGUCAUUACACAGUAUUUUGCAAGGUCACAAAAACAACAUGCAGUUUACUGAAAGUACUAAAGAACAUGAAACAAGAAAACUAUUGCAGUAAGAAAUUUCUAAUUGGAAUAACUAUGUUGCCCAGCAAUGCCCUAAUGUACACGAUUAUGAUUGAAAUGAUCAGGAUUGAGGAUUGAGAAAGUCGAAAAAAGCUAAAUGAAUUUAAUCGAUCAUCGUUAUAUUGAAAUCCAAAUAGUUGUGUCCUACAAUCUGGUCUGUAGGUUUUUAAAAGGUCAAGAAUAGGGUCCAGAUUUGGGUCCAGAUUGGGGUCCAGAUUAGGGGUCCAGAAAAGGGGGGGGGGGGUCCACGUUUUGUCAACCCCCUGUUGUGACUUAGGAAUUAUUGUAAUACUGAUAAACAAUUUUUAGGCAACAUCCCCUUGUGAAACCGAGUCCAGAGACCAGCAACGUACUACUCAUGAAGUAGUUGUACCAACACCCAUACAACAUAUUCCAAGCAGCAUACCAGGUUUUGGACCAGAUCGCUAUGAAGGACUAGACCUCGUUAAAGUCGUCCAGUUACUGCGAAAACGUUUGAACUGGGAGACUGACAUUCAACAAAUCAUUGAUGAACGGGAAGGCAAACCAUCAAAAGGUUUUACCCAAGCUGAGAAAACUAUCCGUAUGGCACCACACUCCUUGCAAGAUGAUGGUGUUUUUGCUUAUGCUAUACUAAAAGAUCUUAGCAAUCCCAUAGCACGGUAUAAUCCAUACAACUUGGUUUGUGUUGGUGCUACACAGGCAUUUGAUUCAAAGCAAAUGUUUACUGUCACUGCUUCAGCUGUUACACAG